AUGGAUGAUCAACAAAUUGGUAAUGAUGGAACCAAUCAUGAUGAUGUUAAUUCUGAAGAACAUAAAACUUCAGCAGUGAAUAGCCUAAUAUUAGAGUACUACAAAAAAUUUGGCAAGAAACGCGAUUUAGAGCAGUUUUUUUCGUUAUCAACAGCCCAAAGUGAAAUAAGGGAUCCUAGCAGUUUAUUUUGGAAGAAAAUCAAGGCUUUGAGUGACUCCUCUGAUUCUGGGGAUAAAAGAAGUGAAUCAUCAACAGAGCUGUGUAAAAUAUCUAUCAGAUGCUCUGUUCCAGACAAUAGCUCAAAGCUUCAGAAAGAGGCGAAGGUGAGCGAUGCAGACUCCCCACCAAUUAUUACAGAAGUUCAUGAAUAUAGACAUUCUGAUAAUGAAUCAGUAAAAUCUGAGGAUGUACAUUCCCUCAAAUCUGUGGAUGGUACCCUAGAUUUAUCUAUGAAUAAACCACAUUCGCCAACAAGCAGUGUAACAUCUCAAAGGAGACUAGAAUGGGACUCUUUAGCUGAUGUUGGUUAUGGAAAUGAAAGUGAUCAGAAAAUGUCAGCAUCAAGUCUUAGUACACUUGAAAGAUUAGCAUUGCAACAACAAUAUUGUAUAAAUGAUACGCACCAAAGCAAUUUAGGCCUUCCUACUGCACAUUCCACUCCAUUGGAACCAAAUAAUGGGGUAAACAAAAGAUCAAAAAGCAAAAAAGAUUUGAGUAAAAAUACUACAAAAAUUUCUAGUAAAGAAGUAGAUUUUAUUGAAAUGACUUUACCACAAAUUCCUGAAACUAAACAAGCAAUAAAUUUAAAUUUAACAAAACAUAUAACAUUUAAUGUCGAUAAAAAAGGUGAAGUUAAUAUUGAAAAAAUCUCAAAAGAUGUUUCUAGCUCACCUGAAAAAGUAUCUGUUGGAACUUAUAUAAUACCAGAGGUUAAAUUUGACAAAGAAAUACAAACAACUUUAAUUAAAAAAAAGUCUCAGGAUCAUGAAGACUACAGAAAAAAUCCAGUUUGUGUUAAUUUAAAUACUCUGAAAAAAAGAAAUAGAAAGAAAAAAUUAAGAAAAGUUAAAAGCAAAUCCAGGCUCUUCAAGGAAAUAAAAGUUCUCAAUAAAUCAAUUGUUAAGGAUAAGAGUGGGGAACAGAUUUCAGCUGCAGAAAGUUUUGAAUAUAUGCCGGGGCAUAUUUACAACCAAACUCAUAUCAACAAUAACAAUGAGGUCAAAAGAUCUAUCCCAAAAAAAGAUAAUAAAUCUAGCCUCGAAUCAAGUACUGGACACACUACAGACUCAAGUAAAGAUAAAAAUUCAUUUUCAAAGGAUUUAGAAAAAAGCAUUGAUCUAUUAAAAAUAACACUAAAGAGAGGUAAUGCAGAUGAUGAGAUAAAGAAAAAACUUAUCAAAGAAAUUGUACAACGACUUUUAAAAACAAGAUAUAAAGAUGAUGAUAGCUCAGACUUUCUUUCUGGUUUAAGUUUUGACAGUAAAAAAUUAGAUUUAGGCGGUACCAGUACUAGUUCUACCUCAGAUGGUAGAGAAUAUAAACCAAAGAAAUCAAUAUUACGUGUUGAAAAAUUUAAUUCUAAUUUACCAUCAACAUCUCAAAGUACACCUAAUUUACCAUCAACUAUCAAAUGUGAAGUAGCCAAGGCACAUGGUGCUUCUAAUACAGAUUCUGAUCAAUCUAAAGAUGCCAAAACAUCUUCAGAAGAACUUUACCAAAAAUACAUCAAAGCACUUAAAAGAGAACAAGCAUACAAGGAACAUUUAAAAAUUAAAGAAGCACUAUUGAAACAAAAACUAGUUGGCUCUGAUACAAAAAUUAACCAAGAUGUCAAAUCUCAAAAUAGGAUCAAAGAUUUAAUGAAAGACUUGGUUAGAAAUAACUAUGAUGAUGGUUCUGGUGAUGCAAGCAAAUUGGAAGGAGGCUCUCUUAAUAAUGUAAACUUGAAUCUGAGCAAUUCAAUAAGAAAACAAAAAAGCCAUUCAGUGUUCACUUUAUCCUCUGGGACAUCAAGUCAACAGAAAACAAAUACAAAAAAAGCAGAUAUAGGUACUACAACUACUAGAAGUAGUAAGAAUGAAAACCACUACUGUUGUUGCCCACUUCAUAUUCAUAAAGUUGGUGUAACAGAUAGUUCUGUACAGGUGAAUAUCCUAUCAAGUAAUGAAAUGCACACAGACUUUCAUCGUUAUAAACAUAAAUGUGAUAAAUCUAGUGAUCAAACUAAUAGUUCAGCAAACAUUGAAAAUAAUAUUAAAAAAAAUGAAAUAAAAUAUGUUUGUUUAUGUAAAGAGACUAAUGCACAAGGAGUACCUGAUAAUAUUCUAAUUUACAAAUGUUCCCAAUUGGAUACUGAUCACAAGACCGAAAAUAUGUCACAGCAAUCACCGCAUUGUACUAAUACACAGUGUUCUAAUAAAGAUGUUUCUCGAAUUAACCAAAAAGUGUUGGAAACCUCAACUAGUAGAGAACAAAAUUUCCAAAAACAAAGUUUAAAUAUUCAGGAAAGCUCAAGCUCAAAAUCGUCACAAACUAAUUUGGACUUAGACGUAAUAUUACGUCAAAAAUAUAGUGACAAAUGUGGGUCUUCCACAUCAACUGGUCAAGAUCCUCUGAAAAUAGAAAUUCAUCGAAAAACAAAAUCACCAAUGUUGAAAUUUAAAAAAAUUCAUGAAGCUAUAAGAUGGACACAAACUGAUAUCAGUAUUAAUCCAAAAAUCUCAGAUCCAUCCUUCUCUGACAUUAAUAUCAUUGACAAAAAAGACUGUGCAAAGCUAGUUAGUGAACAAUGUAAAGAAGUUUCGUUGGAGAAUAUUAAGACAAGUUCUGAUGAAAUGACUGAACUGAUCACUGAUAGUUCAUCAAAGGGUUCAAACAGAAACUCAUCAACAAAAUUGAGUCCAGAUAAUGAAUAUAAGAAAGCUGAUAAACAAUUACAAUCAGAUAUUGAUAUAGGGCCCGUAUAUAAUAUUGGAAGUCAAUGUGAUUUACAGAAAAAACUAAACUAUUCUAUUCCAAUAGAAGGUACUAACAUGACUUUGAAAGUAAGUUUAGGUGAUAGAGAAAUGCCUGAUGUAAACGCUCAAAGUAACCUUUACAAAAGACCAAUACUUAAAACAAAGGAGACUUUAACACAUAAACCUACAACUUCAGGCAAUUCAACUUGUCUAUUGCAAGAAUGUUCUGUUGGAGUACAAUCAACAGAAAAUAAUCUUUUAGAUGAAUAUUAUAAUCAGGCAGCUGCUUGUGCCUGUAAAGAGGUUUUAAAAACAAGAGAUAAAGAAUCAAAAUCUGAAAUAAGCACACAAAUUCAUAUCCUAGAUAAAUAUCACACUUACCCAAAAGGGGAUAAACCCAAUCCAUUAAAACCCCUUUUACGUUCAAAUACUGAUACCAGUAGAUUAGAGAAGGCAUCCCAUGUAACAUUUGAUAAACUAAAAAUAAAUUUUGACAAUGGUCCUGCAAUUAAUCCCAAGACAGAAAAUAUGAUUGAUUCACAAAAAGUUACUCAAGAUAUUAAUUUUACAAGUUCUUCAGAAAAAACAUCAGAAAACUGUUGUAAAGAGUCUCAUAGUUCAAAAACCAUAUCUGAUAGUGAAUGCCAAACUAAAUCAAAGAGUUCCAGUACUAGUCGUGACGCAAUCGAUGUUGACGAAAUCAAUGAUCCUUUGAUUGAUUUAAUAAAAAAUAUUACAAAGAGAUAUUCUAAAAAAGAUACUCCAAAAAGUAAAAGAAAGAAGUGUUUUAAAGAAAUUAUUACUGUUCUAAACUAUUUAUUAGACACUGAAGAAAGUUCUGACCAAAGAGGAUCUACUGAGAAUACUGAAAGUAUUAACCAAAAACAAUCUCAAAAGAAAGAAUUCACUGACAAGGCCGUGCAAUUAUCAAACUCUAAAAAGGACAUUGAACUACCAGAUCCUACUUCAUCUGACCUUCCAACAACUUCUACUGAUUCAACAGCAUGUCAUGUAUUAAAUAAGAUAAAAAAAGAAUGUGAAAAAUAUCAACAAAAGCGCUGCAAAUCUCACCAUAGAAAAGUUGAGGAAUCCAGUAGCACAUCUAUGAACUGCCAUCAUCGUCGAGAGCAUUGUUAUUGUAAAGGAUAUAAGUGCAAGCAUAAACAAUUUGAAAAAAACAAAAAAAAAAGUCUUGCAUAUAACCUGAUUGUGCAAUCGGAUAGUUUGGCUAGUGAAGAGACAAUUUGCCAAAAUAAUAACCGCCCCCUUCAGAAUAUAAUAGUUAAAGUCCCUAAAAAGAAGUACGAAAAUAUGCCACUAAAAGAAAUGUGUGCUAAAUUGGAGAGAGAAAUCCCGCAUUGCUCAAGAGUAUAUAGAUCGAAAAGUCUUCCAAAUGAUAGUGAAGUUUCAAGUACAGAGGACAUGAUAAGGCAAACCCAAGCAUUCUCAGUAAGAGAGUAUCUGGAGAGGAAUCGACCAGACUUUGUUGAGAAAUGCUAUCAACGCCAAAACUGCUUGAAGAUGAUCAACGAAACUAGAGCCAACGAACGGGCAGCCAAGCGUAAGUUGCUGUCAAUGCAGGUGGGCCAGCAACAAACACUGAGUGAAAUGUCUGAUGCAGGAUUAAAAGUUUUUGCCGCGCAACUUGGCAAACAGCUGCGAACUAAGAAACUAGCACCAAAAUUUAUAAGUGAACGAGAUAUGAAGAGACAUUCCGAGAAAAUUUACAAGACGCUGCCGGAAGUUGUAAAUAAAAAAGAGCAAAUUAAAAAAGAAUGCGUCAAGAAAAACUAA